GGCACGGAGGCCGCUGGUCCGAGUGUGUGUGUGCCGCUGCAGCGAGCGCGGCGCGCCUCGCCACGACGCACGCCCCAUGUCGGCAAGAUUGAGUGAGGACCCGGGCUGUGUUCCGGCCUUGACUUGGCGCAGUACAGCUUUGGACGCUACGUGGUGCGGCGAUCGUCUUGAUGCGGCACUGGAACCUGCGUAAGUCGCUCCACAUAACCCGGGGACCCGAAGCGGCUACAGCAUCUCUUGGAAAUGGGAGGCGAAAGCCUCUCCAAGCGGCCGCAGGCGCUUUGCUCGAGUUUAAUCGCACGUGUUCGCGCAUCAGUGAUAUAACCAUCAGGCUGCCUUCAUGUCUCAUCUAGUCAUCUGGAGGCUGGAUUCUCCAAGGCUUGUGGCAGGCAGCGGGCCGCUGGGCGUGGCGCCGGCUGCUGCGACAUGCUGAAGCGCCGGGGCUGGUGGGCGUGGCCGGCUGCGCGGCCGAUCCUCUGGCUCUGGCUCUGGCCCUGGCUGUGGCUGGAGCCCCCCGGCGGCUGGGCCAUGAAGGCGCACGUUCCGGGGGACAUCGUGCUGGGCGGGCUAUUUCCGAUCCACGAGAAGGGCGAGCGCACCAGGUGCGGCAAGAUCAACAAGGACCGCGGUAUCCAGCGGCUGGAGGCCAUGCUGUUCGCCAUCGACCGCAUCAACGCGGACCCGUCGUUGCUUGGCGGCAUCCGGCUCGGGGCCACCAUCCUGGACACCUGCUCGAGCGACACGUACGCGCUCAACCAGUCGCUCGAGUUCAUCCGGGCCUCGCUCAACACCGUGGACACCAACGCAUUCCAGUGCUCGGACGGGGCACCGCCCAAGCUACGUUUCAGCAGCCGCGCCAUCACCGGCGUCGUCGGCGGCUCCUACUCGGAGGUAUCCCUCCAGGUGGCCAACCUGCUGCGGCUCUUCCGUAUCCCCCAGAUCAGCCCGGCGUCGACGGGCACCUCGCUAAGCGACAAGACCCGCUACGACUUCUUCGCGCGCACCGUGCCGCCGGACACGUUCCAGGCGCUCGCCAUGGUGGACGUGGUGCAGCGCUUCAACUGGUCCUACGUGUCUCUCGUCACGUCCGAGGGCCAGUACGGCGAUUCGGGCAUGACCGCCUUCACGCGGGAGGCCCGCGCGCGCAACAUCUGCAUCGCCGUCAACGAGAAGGUGCCGCACUCGGCCACCCCGGACACCUUCGACCAGAUCUACCAGAACCUGCUGCUCAAGGCCACCGCCCGCGGCGUCAUCCUCUUCACCCGGGCCGAGGACGCGCGGGGCGUCCUCGCGGCCGCCAAGCGGGCCAACCGGACCGAGGACUUCGUCUGGGUGGCCAGCGACGGCUGGGGUAAGCAGGAGAAGCUCGUCGAAGGGCUCGAGGAGGUGGCCGAAGGCGCCAUCACCAUCGAGCUCGAGUCGCGCUUCAUACCGGACUUUGACGCGUACAUGCGCAACCUGACGGUGGAGAACAACCGGCGCAACCCGUGGUUCAAGGAGUACUGGGAAGACGUGUUCCAGUGCGUCGUGCGCGACGACGACGAGGCCGGCAGCGCGGCCGCGACCACCACCAGGAGGAGCGGCAACGGCAGCUCGCUGCCCACCUGCUCCAAGAACCUGCGGCUCGACGAGUCCGUCGGCUACCUGCAGGAGACCAAGGUGCAGUUCGUGCUGGACGCCGUGUACGCCAUGGCGCACGCGCUGCACAAGGUGUGGGAGCACCUGUGCGAGCCGCGCAACGAGCUCUACUGCAGCGCCAUGCGCGACGUGGACGGCGGAGUGCUGUACAAGAAGUACCUGCUCAACGUCACGUUCGAAGACCUGGCCGGCAGCGUCGUCCGGUUCGACCCCAAGGGCGACGGCCUGGCGCCGUACCGCAUCUACAACUACCAGCGGCAGCAGCCGAACACCUCGCGCUACGAGUACCGCGCCGUGGGCCGCUGGCUGGACGAGCUCCAGCUCAACGUGGACGAGGUGCGCUGGACGCGCAACAGCCGCCGCGUGCCGGUGUCCAUCUGCAGCGCCCAGUGCGGGGUGGGCGAGAUCAAGAUCGUGCAGGCCGGGGACACCUGCUGCUGGAUCUGCAACCGCUGCGAGCCGUGGCAGUACGUGCUCGACGAGUACACGUGCGCAGACUGCGGCGACGGCCGCUGGCCGUACCCGAACAAGCUCAGCUGCUACAACCUGACGCUGCAGUACAUGCGCUUCGACUCCAUCUUCGCCGUGGUGCCGGUGGUGAUCGCGUGCCUGGGCAUCGUGCUCACGCUGGCCACGAUGGCCGUGUUCGUCGCCAACAACGAGACGCCCAUCGUGAAGGCCUCGGGCCGCGAGCUCAGCUACCUGCUCCUGUCGGGCAUCCUCAUCUGCUACCUCAUGACGUUCGUACUGCUGCUCAAGCCGGCGCCGGCGUCGUGCGCGUCGCAGCGCUUCGGCGUCGGCCUCGGCUUCUCCAUCAUCUACAGCGCGCUGCUCACGAAGACGAACCGCAUCUCGCGCAUCUUCGAGAGCGCCCGCCGCUCGGCGCGAAGGCCGUCCUUCAUCAGUCCAAAGUCGCAGGUGGUGAUCUCGCUCAUGCUGAUCUCGGUGCAAGUGGUGGCGAGCGUGGUGUGGUUCGUGGUCGAGCCGCCGAGCGUGCGCCGAGAGCACCCGGACGGCAAGCGCGACCAGGUGAUCCUCAAGUGCCGCAUCAAGGACUCCAGUUUCCUCGUGUCCCUGGUCUACAACAUGAUGCUCAUCUGCGUGUGCACCGUGUACGCCAUCAAGACGCGCAAGAUACCCGAGAACUUCAACGAGUCCAAGUUCAUCGGCUUCACCAUGUACACCACCUGCAUCAUCUGGCUCGCGUUCGUGCCGAUCUACUUCGGCACCGGAAACUCAUUCCAGAUUCAGAUAACGACGCUCUGCGUUUCCAUCUCGCUGAGCGCGUACGUGGCGCUGUUCUGCCUGUUCUCACCCAAGAUCUACAUCAUCCUCUGCCACCCGGACAAGAACGUGCGCAAGCUGACCAUGAACAGCGCCACCUACAAGAAGGCGCCCACGAGCAGCACGUGCGGCACCUCCGUCAACCACGGCACCUGCGGCACCGGCAGUUCGGGCGAGCAGCUGAAGCUGAGCCUCGCGCAGCGACCGGCCAAGGGCGCAGUGGACGGCGGGGGCGUCGAAGACAGCCUCGCCUCGCUCUGAGGUUGGGCUCGCUGCGCCUCCAGCCUCAUCCUCGAGCCGGAGAAAGAGGCCCUCCUCUUCUAGAACCAGGGGCCGCAGCCCCCCUCC